AGAAUAAUAAUAAUAAGAAGAAGAAGAAUGAAAAUAUGACCUCGUUUAGAAGCUGUUUUUUGUUCUUCAGAGCUCCACCAUGUCUGGGGCGUUAGCUAGAUUGCUUUUCUACCCGACUUUAGCCUACAAUGUUGCAAUGGAGAAGGUGUCCUCCAGGAGGUGGUUCGACCGAGUGGACGAGACGGUCAUCCUGGGAGCGCUGCCGUUCAGGUCCAUGACCAAACAGCUGGUGGAAGUCGAGAACGUUCGGGGAGUUGUCACCAUGAAUGAAACAUAUGAAACCAAAUAUUUCUGCAACUCAACCCAGGAGUGGAAAACUGCAGGAGUGGAGCAGCUGAGGCUGAGCACUGUGGACCUGACUGGAGUCCCCACCCUGGACAAACUCCACCAGGGAGUGGAGUUUGUCCUGCAGCACAGACAGCGGGGAACAAGUGUGUAUGUCCACUGCAAGGCGGGGCGUUCCCGCAGUGCCACACUUGUUGCUGCGUACCUCAUACAGCUACACUGCUGGACUCCAGAAAAGGCCUGUCAGAAGCUGGUGUCCAUCAGACCGCACAUCUUGGUGCGCUCAGCUCAGCUGGAGAUGCUCAGGAGAUACUACGUGAAAGUGUUUGAUCCUUACACCAAUUAGACCGGGACGGUGGCGGGUUAAACCCUAAUAAUCAGGCUGAAAAAUGGACUGAGAGAAUAUGUUGCUAUUGCUUGUUUUAUUUCACUUGUUUUCUAUUCAUUUUAAAGUCACAUUUUUGUGCAUUUUUCAUGGAAAUGGUUGGUUUUUUUUAUUGGCUUCAAGCCAAAAAUUACAGUUUUAUUUUGUUGUUAUUCACUCCUUUGACUUUCCACCAUAAUAGUGUUUCAGCUAACAAGAGAAAAAUAUGACAUUGUCUGUAACUACAAAAAAUGAAUUAGUAAUAUACUGUACUUUGCGCUCACAUUUUAUUUGAUUGUGUAUUCGUAUAAGGCUUUAAAAAUAGAGCACAUGAAGGUUAAUAAAUGUUUGUAACCAAA